GUGGGAAGGCUCCGGCCUCCGGCGGCGGCGAGUGACGCCGCGCGUCUCCCUGGCUGCGGUGAGGGUGGUGACGGCCGGGGUCAGAAUGGCUUCGACAAGUAAAGCAAUUGAAUUACAGUUCCAAGUGAAACAAAAUGCAGAGGAAUUGCAGGAUUUCAUGAGGGAUUUAGAGCACUGGGAAAAUGACAUUAAACAGAAGGACAUGGAGCUAAGAAGACAAGGCGGUGUUCCCGAAGAGAAUUUACCUCCUAUUCGAAAUGGGAAUUUUAGGAAAAAGAAGAAAGGCAAAACUAAAGAUUCUUCCAAAAAAACCAAAGAGGAAAACACAAAAAACAGAAUAAAAUCUUAUGAUUAUGAUGCCUGGGCAAAACUUGAUGUGGACAGUAUUCUUGAUGAACUUGACAAAGAAGACAGUACCCAUGAUUCUGUGUCCCAGGAGUCGGAGUCAGAAGAAGACGGUGUGCGUGUGGAUUCCCAGAAGGCUCUAGUUCUAAAAGAAAAGGGCAAUAAAUACUUCAAACAAGGAAAGUAUGAUGAAGCAAUUGAAUGCUACACAAAAGGCAUGGAUGCUGACCCAUAUAACCCUGUCUUGCCAACAAACAGAGCGUCAGCUUACUUUCGAUUGAAAAAAUUUGCUGUUGCUGAGUCUGACUGUAAUUUGGCAAUUGCCUUAAGCAGGAGUUACACCAAAGCCUACGCCAGACGAGGUGCAGCUCGGUUUGCCCUGCAGAAGUUAGAGGAGGCUAGAAAAGAUUAUGAAAAAGUAUUAGAACUGGAACCAGAUAACUUUGAAGCAACAAAUGAACUCAGGAAAAUCGAUCAGGCUUUAUCGUCCAGAGAGAACUCACGUCCCAAGGAGGCUGCUGCAGUGACUAAACCAGCUGAGGGGGAGAGGCAGCAACAGAUUGAGGAACAGCAGAACAAGCAGAAGGCCAUUUCGGAGAAAGAUCUGGGGAACGGCUUUUUCAAAGAGGGAAAAUACGAGAGAGCAAUUGAGUGCUACACUAGAGGGAUAGCCGCGGAUGGCACCAAUGCCCUACUUCCCGCCAACAGAGCCAUGGCCUACCUGAAGGUUCAGAAGUAUGAGGAAGCUGAAAGAGACUGUACACAAGCCAUCUUACUAGACGGCUCCUAUUCAAAGGCUUUUGCCCGGAGAGGGACUGCAAGAAUACAUCUGGGAAAGAUGGAUGAGGCCAAGCAAGACUUUGAAACUGUGUUACUUCUGGAACCUGGAAAUACACAGGCAGUCACCGAACUUUCCAAAAUUAAAAAGGAAUUAAUUGAGAAAGGACAUUGGGAUGAUGUCUUUCUUGACUCCACACAAAGACACAAUGUGAUAAAACCUGUAGAUAAUCCGCCUCAUCGAGGGUCACCUAAAGCACUCAAGAAGAUUUUUAUUGAAGAAACUGGCAAGUUGAUAGAGAGCAUUGAUGCGUCAGAUAGCAGUACCACCGCUCCGCAGAGUAAUGGAGCAAAUGCACCCUCCAUCUCGGCCGUGGGCACCGAGAGCAAGAAGAAUCCAAGCCAGGGGGACGCCUCGCCCGCAGGUGAUACUCCAAGAGCCAAAGUGUUGAAAAUAGAAGAGAUCAGUGACACCCUGGCCCUCCAAGCACAGGUUGAUAUGAAGCAGGAUGUGGGCCAGUCUUCCAGUGAGAAGAUCUCUGUGAAGGCAGAGCAGACACCGCCAGAUCAGUUUGCCACUGCUGUUCUGCCUCCAGUUCCUGCCAACUCCUUCCAGCUCGAGUCUGACCUCAGGCAGCUGAGAAGUUCCCCGGAUAUGUUGUAUCAGUAUUUAAAGAAAAUCGAACCAUCUUUGUAUCCGAAGUUGUUUCAGAAAAACCUAGAUCCAGAUGUAUUCAAUCAAAUCAUUAAAAUUUUGCAUGACUUUUACAUUGAGAAAGAAAAGCCGUCUCUCAUCUUUGAAAUCUUACAGAGACUUUCUCAGCUGAAAAGGUUUGACAUGGCAGUGAUGUUCAUGUCCGGACCCGAGAGGAAGAUCACAAAUGUAUUAUUCAAUCACUUGGAAAAAUCAGACCUGAAGGAGGAUUCUGUUGAAGAACUCAAGAAAAAAUAUGGUGGCUGAUCACAGUGGCUGAGGUUGUCUUUGUCUUUGAUGUGCACGUUAUUUUUCUUACUGAAAUCAAGUGUUUUGUUUGACUUUUUAAGAAAAUGAAAUCGUACCUGAGAGGGCUUUUGUCUCGGUGGGCUUAAUUCAUGUAAAGUGUACUACUGAGAAAUGCUUCAGAUAAAGUAAGUUUGUAUGAAAAUAAAAAUGUAAGUAAUGAGA